ACUGACAUUUAUCGCGAAUGGAACGCAACUGAAAUUAUUCCAGUUCAGUAGAGUGGCGAUCGGCAAGAUGAUGGCGGACGAAAGGUUGUUUUUCUCGAACGCCGUCCAACAAUUGGCAAGAUGUUUGGCCGCUAUUAAGCCUACACCGUGGGAAAAAGUAGCCAAACUAUACAAGUUAUGUCCACAAGAAUCUGCUCAGGGUGUAUUUCGCUUAGAUCAGAGAGGUCAAGAUGCAACCAUUGCAUUGGGAAUUUAUUUUUUGGAAUCUGGUUUACAACACCGGGAUAAAAUUUUACCAUAUUUGUUGAGAUUACUGCGUGGUCUUCCAAAAGCAGUAUGGCGGGAUGAAAUAAAGUGUUCGCUCGCUGAGCGUGUCCCAGUUGCGGAACGUUUCAGCUUCUGCUUAAAUACACUGCUGAGCGAUGUAGCGGCCAGAUGCGAACCGACACGAGAAGAAAUCAUCUCGACGCAAGUUGAAAUACUUGCCGUUCUUACCAAUCUGAUACGUGGAUACAAAGAUCAAAAUAGUAACAGAGGCUUACAAGCAAAGAUAUCACUAUGCAAAUGUCUGGUUCCGGUGCUGAUUGGUCUGGCAAGAUCAAUGGGUCGUUUUGCAUGUACAGAUCCACCGUUACUUUGCCGUAUCUUUCCACGACGAGAGACACCCUCUCCAGCAAGCAACACGGAAAAUCGCUUAAUAUCCGACAAGAAGCAACACAGUUUCUCGAAUUUCAGGCCAAUUAUACCGCGGUCUCUGAGCGGCAAUUUUAAUUCUUGUAUCGAUAACGCGUUGCCAGGCUAUGACAAUCACGAUUAUCACUGCGGCAAGCGACCAUCAUUACAGUCCUUUUUGUCGGUGCCGUACGAUCCGACGACGUAUUACUUCAGUCGUUAUGGAUCGAGUUUCAAUCAGUUCCCGCAGAUGCGCUGUAACGAGAGCCCCGAAAGAAGAGCCGGAAUGCAAUUUACCGUUGUGCAUUUACAGAGUGUGUUGGCUUUGGCCAAAAAGCUGCUUACCAAGGAGAUCCUGACGUUCCUAGACGAGGAGGCACAACAGGUGUAUAAUUCCGGCCAAGUACAUUUUCCGUACCGCACGUUUAGCGAGACAAUGAAUCUAGUGAUGGUGGCUCUAUUGCGGGAACUACUGCAGAAUCAGCGUGACUUGCCAGCACCGUUCACGAGGGAUGUGCAGGAAUUCGUAAAGGGCCUGUUUCUUUCGGGCCAAACGGAACUGCAGUCGCGGCAGCACGACGCGAGCGAGCGUGAAGACAUUGAUACGAAUUUCCGAACAGUGAAUCGCUUCAAGGUGAACGUGAUGGCUAAUUCUGCAUGCGUCGAUCUACUGGUCUGGGCAAUCGGUGACGAGACAGGUGCGGAUAGCUUGUGCGGACGACUUGUAGAGAAGAUUAAUUCCAAUCACGGGCCGAAACUCGUCUUAGCGCACAUGCCAUUAUUGAUGGUUUGUCUUGAAGGUUUGGGAAAAUUGGCGCAGAAGUUUCCCAACAUAGCCAGUACAUCCAUAUACUAUUUACGUGACUUUCUCAUUGCACCAUCACCAAUUCUUUUAAAGUUAUAUCGACAACAUAGCGAGUACACCAUGAAGGAACAUCAGUUUAAAGUAUUAGUCCAAGGGAAGGAAAUAAGCGACACGAAGCAGACAACGUCAUCGGUGCACACAGCAUUUGAGAAACUUCGCGAUGCGGCCAUCGGCAAUCUCUGUAUUGCCCUAGAAGCAGCGCAUUCUGUAAAUCCGGACUGCGUACCAGCGCUCGUGGCCAGCGUCUCGAACAGAUUAUAUACCGCGGAUAUAUCCGACGGCGAGAGCGACGAGAAGUUGAAAAACGAAGUAGUAUCGAAAAAUAUUGUGAUCAUGUUGGGCCACGUCGCCGUGGCGUUGAAGGACACUCCGAAGACGAUGCGCACGAUCUUUCCGUUCUUCCAGCAGCUCUUUUGUCGCACUCCUAGCGACCUUGAUUUCCUCAUAGUAGAUCAAUUGGGUUGCAUGAUCAUUGCCAAAUGCGAACCAAAGAUUUAUGAAGGGAUAAUGCAGAUGUUCUCCAUGUCGUUGGGAUCGAGCACAGCAACAUACGCCGCGAAUGACGAUCGUAAACAAUAUUGCCAUGUUUCCAAGGCAGUUACAAACGCCCUGGCGAAUAUAGCGGCGAAUUUGCAGGGCGAGACGGAAUUGGAUGAUUUGUUGCUGCAUCUUCUCGAACUUUUUGUGCAAUUAGGACUCGAAGGUAAACGCGCCAGUGACAAGAUGCCAAAUAGUAUCGCUGCAUCGAAAGCAGUUAGUAGUGCCGGAAAUCUAGGUGUGCUCAUUCCCGUGAUUGCGAUAUUGGUACGACGUCUACCUCCAAUUAGACAUCCGCAGAAGCGACUUCUGAAAUUAUUCAAGGAUUUUUGGUUGUACUGCGUUAUAAUGGGCUUCGCCGCGGACCACCCACCAAGAUUAUGGCCACUCGAAUGGUAUGAAGGUGUCAAGGAAAUUGCCGUCAAGUCGCCCUAUCUUAUUUCUCAGACCAGCGCCCGUCUUGAAAUGCGAGAAUUGCAAUAUACGUCGGCGGUCCGCAACGACAGUGUCUCGUUGAAUGAGUUACAGGAACUGCGGAGUCAAGUGCUGAAAAUAAGCACUCGUACAAACGACAUAUCCGCGUACGUCACUAAACUACAAUUUGCACAGUGCACGUACUUAUUGUCCGUUUAUUGGUCAGAGACCUUACGAGUGGCUAACAGUCCUGAGCCUAGUUUGCAACCAAUAAUGGAAUACCUGUGCGAUACCGAUUUGCAAAAGGACAAAAGCGGUAUGUGGCAGUGCAUAUGCUGCGUAGCUGACUCGGUAUUUGCGAAAUUCAAGGACGUAAUGCAGCGCAAACCGAAGGAUGAGCAACGUGAAAGAGAACUCGAGAAUCACGCGCAGUUUCUAUUGGUGCAUUUCAAUCACGUGCAUAAGCAGAUUAGGCGAGUAGCAGACAAAUACCUCAGUGCUCUAGUGGAUGCUUUCCCGCAUCUGCUAUGGAAUUGCAAAGUUCUUUGGAGUAUGUUGGAUAUAUUACAGAUUUUAUCGUACUCAUUACAACUUGAUCCGAAUGAAGAGACUCCUAGUUUAAGAAUACCUGGCACGCCAUAUAGCAUCGAGUUGAUGAAUAAUCUUGAAGCAAGAGAAAUUAUCGUGAAGGAUUUUACCGCGAGAUGCAAGGGUAUAGUACAGGAAGCCAUGAAGUGGGCGCCGCAGGCUACUAGAUCACAUUUACAAGAAUAUAUUAAUCAAAUACCAUCUUCUGGCAUGCGACACCAUUCUGGUCUGUCGCUGGCCAUUGACUCUGUUCUCGAAUUUGUGGACACCACGAUCCCCACAGUAGUUCCAGCAAACACAAAUUCGUUGGAUAAAAGACCACGCGGUCCAAAAGGUACGAGUUCGUGGCUGCUAUCGAUGAUGUCUACAAGAUCGUGGCAUGCCGGCGAAGUAGCUGGUAUGCUCGCUCUCGCACGCACCGAAUCGCCAACCGCGGAAAUGACUCUGGAAGAGUGUAGGGAUAAAGUCGUCGAGAGAUUGAUCGAAGCUGUCCGUCGUGCUUGUCAGGAGCACGAUGAUACCGCCCAUCGCGGAGCUCUUUGGCGUGCUACCGCUCUUUUAAUAUCCAUGCCUGGAAUACAUAGACGCCUAUUACAUAUAGUCGCGUGCUCGCAGAUAGAAUUGUUCACAACUACAGCAAUGACCACAGCGGUCGAAUGCUGGCAAUGGAUAUUAACUGUACGACCAGAUUUGAAGUUGCGAUUCUUGCAAGAGAUGUUACUCGCGUGGCAAUAUACCGUUGAUAAGAGAAUGGGCCUGUUCGCACCGAAUGAGAAGGAGGUCAGUCCGCUCGCAGUUUAUGAAGGCUGCAAGCUCGGGCCCAAUCCGCCACAGGUGAAGCCACACGAUAUAUGGGUAACUUUCAUAGUGGAACUCGUGGAAACGGCUAAGUAUUGUUGCCAAGAGACGGUCGACAUGAUCGCUAUCCUCCUUCAUCGCUCAUUACCCAUGACUGUCGGUGCAUCUGGCGAGGAACCCGGCAUCACUCGACAUGUCGCUGCGGUUGGCGUGCGUUUUAAACUCCUCUCAUGUGGUUUGGUGCUGUUGCAAGGUGAUGUUUUGCCGAGAAUUUUGAGCAAGAAUGUCUUGAGAGAACGUGUCUAUUCCAAUUGUCUGGAUUAUUUUUGCCGAGAACGCCAAUUGCCAACUCAAGAAAUCGAUCAGCUUAGCGAAGAUAUAGUUACUCUGAUACGUUUUUGGCAGGUAAUGCACAGUGACAAAAAAUACUUAAUGAUGACAGGAGCCGAUAAUGAGUUUGAAAUAGUGACGUCUCAAACUUGUACAACCACGAUGAUCGUUCCAAGCGAGACAAUUGGUUCGCUAGCCGCUACGCUAGCUCCCACACCGAACGAAUUUUCGAAAUCAUCCAGCAACGUGUGGAUGAGCACCAUGCCUAUGUCGACUAGCACUAACACGUUGAGUAAACGCAGCAAUCGCAGCAAACGAGUUGUAAAUGCUAAUGUCCUCGUGAAAGAUUAUAUCAAGAAGAGAAAUUUGAUUCUUGAGUUAUUAGCGGUUGAAAUCGAAAUGUUACUGGUUUGGCGUAAUCCUGGCGGAAGACCAGAACUCGCGUUGCAAGGAGAAGGAAGCAUCGCAGAUUGGCGUGCCAAAGGAAUGAACGAUCGCUGGCGAGAAUAUACGCGGCUCGCGUGGGAGAUCAGUCCUGUUUUGGCUAUAUUUUUGCCAGUGCGAUUAAAGAAUCACGAAGUCAUCAUUAAAGAGAUCUGCGGCUUGGUGCGCCUUAAACCCGUGCCAGUUAUGCAUAUAUCGGAAGCAUUACAGUAUCUUGUUACAACGGACACGCUUCUCAACGAUGUACCUGAAUUAGUUUAUAUGUUAGCAUGGGCAAGAGUGUCUCCGAUUCAAGCUCUGGCAUUCUUCUCGCGACAAUUUCCGCAUCAUCCCAUCUCAGCGCAGUAUGCAGUACAAGUAUUGGACAGCUAUCCCGCCGAUGCUGUGCUUUUCUACAUACCUCAACUAGUACAAGCUGUCCGUCAUGAUUCAAUGGGUUACGUAAUCGAAUUUAUCAAGAAGAUUGCUAAACGAUCGCAGGUAGUGGCACAUCAGUUGAUAUGGAACAUGCACACUAAUAUGUAUAUGGAUGAAGAUAAGCAGAUGAGAGAUCCGGUUUUAUAUGACGUAUUAGAUUCGUUGACGAAGAAUAUUUUGAAUGCUCUAUCCGGCCCAGCGAAACAAUUCUAUGAAAGGGAGUUCGACUUUUUCGAGAAAAUCACCAAUAUUUCGGGUGAAAUUCGGCCGUAUCCUAAAGGACCGGAACGUAAAGCCGCAUGUCUGGAAGCUUUAGGAAAAGUCAAGGUACAACCCGGUUGCUACCUACCAUCGAAUCCCGAGGCAAUGGUCAUUGAUAUAGAUUAUCAAAGCGGUACUCCCAUGCAAAGCGCCGCUAAAGCACCGUUCUUAGCACGAUUCAAAGUACAAAGAUAUGGUAUCCACGAACUCGAGAAUAUCGCGUUAGCGGUGUCAACCAAUGGAAAAAUUGAAAGUAAGAAAGAAACCGAGGACCAGAUAUGGCAGGCCGCUAUUUUCAAGGUUGGCGAUGACGUCAGACAAGAUAUGCUGGCUUUACAGGUGAUCAGCAUUUUUAAGAACAUAUUCCAGAAAGUCGGGUUGAAUCUCUUCCUGUUUCCCUACAGAGUGGUGGCCACAGCUCCCGGAUGCGGCGUGAUAGAAUGUGUUCCACAUGCAACAUCACGAGAUCAACUCGGUCGAACAACGGACAGCGAUAUGUAUCAAUACUUCAUCACGCAACAUGGUGAUGAGACAACCAAGGAAUUCCAAAAUGUUCGUCGCAACUUUGUCAAAUCGAUGGCGGCGUACAGCGUGAUCACUUAUCUCUUGCAGAUUAAAGAUCGUCACAACGGUAAUAUCAUGAUAGAUACUCAAGGUCACAUCAUACACAUUGACUUCGGCUUCAUGUUCGAAAGCUCGCCCGGCGGCAAUCUGGGUUUCGAGCCCGACAUCAAGCUCACUGAUGAGAUGGUCCUCGUAAUGGGCGGUAAAAUGGAAGCUGCACCAUUUCGCUGGUUCAUGGAACUGUGCGUACAAGCCUUCCUUGCAGUCAGGCCCUACCAGGAAGCCAUUAUCUCUCUUGUCUCUCUCAUGCUCGACACGGGAUUACCAUGCUUCCGUGGACAAACUAUCAAACUUCUACGUAGUCGAUUCGUUCCGACCGCCACCGAUCGCGACGCGGCGAUCUUCAUGAUCAAUGUAAUACGUAACAGCUACCUCAACUUCCGUACGAAAACUUACGACAUGAUACAGUAUUAUCAGAAUCAAAUCCCUUAUUGAAUUGUUUCUGAAGUGUUUACUUCCUUCCCUACUCUUUCCUGUCCUUAAUUAGCGACAUUUUGCGCUCCCUACGAUUGUUGUUAUCAUAUUAAAAUCUAGCAUUUGAUGUACUGCAGUUAUUAGAUAUCGCAGUAUAAUUACUGACUGUGAAAUUGUACAAACAUAUUGGUGUCAAUGUUAUUUUAGUGUUUUAUGUGUAUUUUAUGAAAGCAUUUAGCUUUAUAUGUAUGUAUGUAAUAAUGUAUCAUAUUUAUCUACAAGAAAUUGUCUAUAUAUGUAUAUGUAUACAUCUGCCGUAUGCAGCAUGACUGUAUAUGAAUACAUUCCUGUUUACGAUUAAUUUAUGCGCUGUUAAUGGUUAAAUAUUAAAUUACUUUGAUCACGA